CAGGAUCCCUCCUUCUCACUCCUGCUCCAUGACAAGCUUCAGGUGCCAAACAGCUCUCGGCGGGCGUGGAAUGAGCAAGACAGUCGCUGUGAUGUCUGCUCCACUCAUCUCACCCAGCUCAAACAGGAAGCUGUGCGCAUGGUCCUCACCCUCGAUCAGUGGGAUCUGUCACCUACUUCUUCCCCUCCGGCUCGCUAUGGAUCUCAUGGACACACGGGACCAUCAGGAGCCUCAGGAGUACCAGGAAGUCAACUUUCACGAGAAUGGUCUCCUACAGUUCUUCCCUCCUCCUCUGUGACAGCCUCAUACACUCUUCACUCAUCCUUGCAGUUUCCCUCUCCAAGCCUUAGUCAGACACCAACGCCAAGCCCAAACCAUGGACAGAGUCCCUCAGGGGUGCAAACAUCCAGCUGUGGUCCUACAAAUCAGCAGCUCCAAGGGGCAGGAAACAAACUGGGAUCAAAACCUAGCUCCCUGGGUCUUGGAGCAGGGGUAGAUCGCAGGAAUAGCUCCCCUAGUUCAGGAAAAGCCAGCGCCCAACUGCAACCAGUGAGUGGAGUAAACAGUCCAAGUAAUAUUGGUGGAGGAGCCAUACUGAGUGCAGCUGCUUUACAGGCUCAUCAGCAGCAGAACCGCACAAAUGGAGGAGUUACUCUGUAUCCAUACCAGAUCUCCCAGAUGAUUUCUGACGCUUCAAAAGAAGGAGGGACUGAAGCUGCCCUGAACCGCUACAACUCCCACUCCCCUGCAAAUACGAACUCACCAUCGCACACCAGCUCUCCCUCUAACACUCCAGCGGUUACCACCUCAGCACCCACUGCCACUUCUGCAGCUGCCUCCUUUUUUGCCAGAGCCGCCCAAAAGUUGAACUUAACAUCAAAGAAAAAGAAGCAGAAAACCACGACACUUACAGCCCCAGUGACGUCAUCUCCAUCCCCGUCAUGUGACCAUAAUCUGUUCCCAACUAACUUCAGCUCUGCUUUGUUGACGGCGCCUCCACCUGCCCCACCUUGUCUUCUCAGAGCGGCCAACAAGGUCAAAGAUAAUCCUGGGCUUGGAAAGGUGAAAGUGAUGGUGAGGGUGUGCCCCAUGUCUCAGUCAGACGCAGCAGAGUCCAGCUCCUUCUUAAAAGUAGAUCCCAGAAAGAAACAGAUUACCAUCAUGGAUCCAUCAACAAAUCAGGCCACAAGUUCCGCCUCUCAGAAAAGGACAGGAGCAAAUCAUGUUCCACCAAAGAUGUUCACCUUUGAUGCUGCCUUUCCUCCUGAUGCAUCACAGGCGGAGGUGUGUGCAGGAACAGUGGCCGAGGUCAUCCAGUCUGUGGUUAAUGGAGCCGAUGGCUGCAUCUUCUGCUUUGGACACUCCAAGCUAGGAAAAUCGUACACAAUGAUUGGGCGUGAUGACUCUCUUCAGACCCUGGGUAUAAUCCCCUGUGCCAUCUCAUGGCUUUUUAAACUCAUCAAUGAAAGAAAGGAGAAAACAGGAGCACGAUUUUCUGUUCGUGUCUCUGCUGUGGAGGUUUGGGGAAAGGAGGAAAACCUAAAGGAUUUGCUGUCUGAAGUUGCCACAGGCAGCUUGCAGGAUGGACAAUCACCUGGAGUCUAUCUCUGUGAAGACCCGAUCUGUGGCAUGCAGCUCCAGAAUCAGUCUGAGCUCCGUGCUCCCACCCCAGAGAAGGCAGCCUGGUUCCUGGAUGCAGCCAUCGCAGCUCGCCACAGCAGCCAGCAGCCCAACACCACAGAGGAGGAACACAGGAACUCUCAUAUGCUCUUCACAUUGCACAUAUACCAGUACCGCAUGGAAAAGACAGGCAAAGGAGGGAUGUCCGGAGGUCGUAGUCGCCUUCAUCUACUGGACCUGGGAAGCUGUGAUGUUAAAGUACUCGGAGGAGGAGGUGGAAAAAGCAAAGAGAACUCUUCACCAAGCUCAGCUCCUCUGUGUCUUUCUCUGUCUGCUCUUGGAAACGUGAUCCUGGCCCUGGUCAAUGGGAGCAAGCACAUUCCAUACAAGGACAGCAAGCUGACCAUGUUGCUAAGGGAGUCGCUAGGCAACAUGAACUGCAGGACCACCAUGAUUGCUCACAUCUCCGCCUCACCCAGAGAUUUCUCAGAAACCCUCUCCACCAUCCAGAUUGCCUCACGCGUCCUCCGCAUGAAAAAGAAGAAAACUAAAGUAACUGUGCAAUAUACAUCAAGCUCCUCUGGAGGAGAAAGCUCCUGUGAGGAGGGUCGCAUGCGUCGUCCAACCCACCUACGACCUUUCCAUCACCGUGGUGACACUGACUCUGAAUUGCCACUGCUAAGACUAUCCAGUGACCCUGACGAGUACUCGAGCAGCGAGCAGUCUUGUGACACUGUUAUCUACGUGGGCCCAAAUGGGGCGCCUGUGUCCGACAGAGAGCUGACAGACAACGAGGGACCUCCAGAGGUUGUGCCGAUUGUCCCAGCUUUGCUCCGAGGGAAAACGCCUGAGCACCAUCAAACACAUGGUCAAGGUCAAACAGCUGGAGUCCAGAACAAGUCUCAGAUAGACGAACAGUCCGGCGGCCCAGCCCAACCACAGCCAUCUCAGUCUCUGGUAGGUCAACCGUUGGCCCCUGUCCCAGAGGAAGGAGCUGAAUGUCUCAAAUGCAACACUUUUGCUGAGCUGCAGGAGAGACUGGACUGCAUUGACGGCAGUGAAGAGGUGGCAAAAUUUCCUUUUGAAGAGGUUCAAACGAGCAAACCAGGUGCCAAACUAGAGCCAUGUCCUUCCUCAUGUACUCCUGGCUCUGUAGAAGGGCUGGAAACAGAGGCCAAAAUAGCAGCAGCCUCUAGGAGAAGAAGCAAUGACCAGCAGCUUCAGGAGAUCAAGGAGGUGGUGGAGGAGGCAGAACUGGCCCAGACAAUGAUCCACAGCUUAGCUCAGGCCACCGGCUCCCCAUUGGUCACCAGUUCAAGGAGCAUUACUGGAAGCAGUAACAUCUCCCCCAACCCCUUACACAGAGCCAAGAGCUCUCAGCUACAUAACAGCUGUGAAAAUGUAAAUGUAGUCGGUAAUACUGAGGUGAAGGGUCGUCCUCUAGGAUCACCACGCUUGGGCAUCGCAAGCCUGACAAAAACUUCAGACUACAGGCCUCCAUCUUCCCCAUCACAGCGAUGUAAGGUGUACACUCAGAAGGGUGUGACUCCAGCAACACCCUCAGUGUCCUCACACACCCUAGCUCAGGAUGGCCAGGCUACCGAUGCUUUGACCUCUGACAACAGUUUGGCUGCAGACAGUGGCCGCUCCUCCACAGAGUCCGUGCUUUCCAGGACCUCUCCUGCAGGCAUGAGCCCACAAGUCCGAGAGCCAACUGCUUCCCUCUCUGCCAGCCUUGGCUCAGCUGAAACACUCUGUGAUGACGACGUCCCACCGAUACCUCUAGAUUUGCAGAAGGAUGCCUCCUCAGCAGCAGCAUCUUCCGUAACACAAAGUGGGCAACAGCUGCCUGGAGAUGAUGCAGUUGUGUACACAGCAGCCUGCAGAGAUGAAGAUGAGGUUAUCAGAAAUCUUGUUGAAGACAGAAGCUUGGUCUGUCGUCCAGUGAGCAUCAUAAGCUUUAACAGCGGCUGUGGCUCCGAAGCUGCCCACGCUGUAGAAGCCCAGCCCCAUGACCCCAGAUGUGAUGCUGCUUUUGAUGGAGACAUAGAACAUUACCACUUGUCCUCAGGUCUCACAACAAACACAGGAGUUACGGAAGUGGUUGCAAUGGCAGAGGUGGCAAUGGCCAAGUUGCGGACCGGUGACACUUUAGCCAGUGGGAUGUCAAACUCUGGUUCAACUAUGUCCUCCUGGAUGAGCGAUCUCAGCAUGUGCAGUGAAGCGGAUCAGUCUUUUCACAGCUUCAGUCAGUCUCAAAGUCAGCAAGGGGAGGCUCUGGCUGAGUCUGAAGGCAGCCAAAGCUUCGGAGUUGAAAUUCUUAAUGAUUAUGAGAGUGGAGGAAGCCCAAGAACAGAGGAUCUGGUAGGGGACCUGGUUCUGCCAGAGAAGUUGGAUAAGGCCCCCCCAAACAGAGACAAACAGGGAAAACUGCCACCAUCUAUGGCAAAAACUAACAUUCAGAUAUUAGCUGGUCCUGGAAAUGUCUCCUCUUUCAAGUCUACCAUAAGUGUUCACCCUUGCAUGGUUGUCAGACCCAUGGUCAUACAUGAGCCAACAAUCCUAUCCUCUCCAAAAAAGACUGCCUUUAUGAAAGACCCGGGCAAAUCUAAAACUGAACUUUUAGCCCCCAUUUCCAGUGAGAUAACCUUUGAAGACCCUUGGUUGAAACGUGGGAUGGAGGAAGGGAGAUCCAAAGAACUUAUCUGUGAAGUUAAACCAGAAAAGAGGGAAGUAGAACCUUUAAAGAUACAUGCCAACGAUUUCUGCAGGGAUGGUGGGGAUCAAAGUAGUUGUGGCUCAGGAGGUGAUGUGAUGUCCUUUACAGACUCGUUCAAGAGAGUCGUGGAUGGUUGUGAGAUGAUCUCUGUGGCUGUCCAUGGUGAUGGCUGCACCCAAGACAUCCACCGCACAGCCAGUCUGCCCCGUGGCUGGCACCGUCUCAACCACCACGAUGGCUUAGAAACUGGAACAGAGUACCGCAAUUUUGGAGUCACCAAUUCAACACCUUGCAGUCCUCGAGCCACACUUGAACGUACUGGAUCCAAGGGAAGGCAAGGAUUCUUCUCCCACAAGAAGGGGGGAAUCCCACCUCUUCCACCAAUACGGAAAUCCAGCCUUGACCAGCGAAACAGAGCAACCAGUCCUCUCCCCCAACCCAAUCAUGGAGUGUCAUCGCUGAGUAUCAUUGCAGAUAGUACAGGGAACACUAGAAAACGUGGCUCCAGCAUAGACAGUAGCAGACUCUUUAGUGCCAAGUUAGAACAGCUGGCCAACCGAACAAACUCUCUUGGCCGGGUCCAUGGUUCACAAGGUGGGUCUCACCAUUAUGACUGCUUCUCCCUGGAGAGAGGUGAGAGCCUCAGGGGGGGAGGCGUUAGGGGGGACACCACCAUGCCUCGUACUGGCCGCAGCAUCACCCGCACCAGCUCAAUAUCAUCUCCCACCGGAAACCCCGGCAGCCCCAUUUUCAGUGGCAGUAGCAGUCCAAACAGUGCUCCACAGUCACCAGCUAAGGGCAGUGGCCAGUCAAAGAUCUCAGCAGUCAGUAAGCUGCUAAUGACCAGCAGUCCUAAAUCUCGGAGUCUUUCUGCAUCCAGCACCAAGACACUGAGCUUCUCCACCAAGUCAUUAACCCAGACUAACAGCCGCAGCUCCAGCCUUCCUCCCAAUGGAAAGAAUUCAGUCCAGACUCAAGUUCAGCAGCAGCAAGGAUCCACCCCUGGAUCAUGGUCUACCCAGUCCCUGAGUCGCAGCCGAGGGGGAAGUCUGACAGCCAACCUGCCUUUGCGGGCUGUUAACAGCAGAAUCUCAGAGAUUCUCCAGGGAAGUGCAGGAUCCCGUACCAGGAGCCUUGUUCUGGGAGGAGGCAACGAUCGAACAGAGGAAAGAGGAUCUGGAGCAACAAGUGGAGGUGGAGCAGAUGGAGAUAAUCAGGGAGAGGAGAGGGCAGCUGUGGUCCAAACACUGCCCUCUCCUUACAGCAAGAUCACAGCCCCAAGAAAACCUCACCGUUGCAGCAGCGGCCAUGCAAGUGACAACAGCAGUGUACUUAGUGGAGAGCUGCCCCCAGCCAUGGGAAAAACUGCUCUAUUUUACCACAGUGGAUGCAGCAGUGGCUAUGAGAGCAUGCUAAGGGACAGUAGCGAGAACACAGGAAGUACCUCCUCAGCUCAAGACUCCCUCAGUGAACACAGCUCAGCCACCACUUCCUCCAGACGGAGCUCUAAGAGCAGCAAGAAAAACAGGAGCAACACAGGCCUCCAGCGGCGACGUCUGAUCCCAGCUCUGACCCUGGACUCAUCUUCUUCACCUUCUCAGCGCUCCUCCAAACAGGCCGUUACAUCCUCCUCCUCCUCCAGUCCAGGUGCAUGCUGGGUGGACGGCCCACUGGGGCCUCCCACACCCUCUAACCACUGGGGUGUAGCUGCAUCCACAGAAACGAUUGAGAUCAAAGUGUAUGAGAUCGAUGACGUGGAGCGACUGCAGAAGAGAAGAGACAAAGGAGGAAGCAAGGAGGGCGUGUUCGUCAGUGCCAAGCUGCGAGGGUUGGAGCACCGCCAGCAGCGAAUCAGUGAAGUCAGAGCCAAGUACCAGUGUCUGAAGAAAGAACUGGAGCAAACCAAACAGCACUUGAUGCUGGAGCCACACAAAUGGACAGCUGAGUUUGAGCUGCAGCAGCCCUACGACUUGGACUCCAUGGAGUAUUUGGAAGCUCUGGAAACAGUGACAGACAGACUGGAGACCAGAGUUAACUUUUGCAAAGCACAUCUUAUGAUGAUUACCUGCUUUGAUGUUUCCUCAAGGCACCGGUAGAUGGAUUAAAGGCUGAGGAGCCAACAAGAGAAGCACAUUGAGAAAACAUUAUUCUAAUACUGGAUAAUGGAAAACUUGGAACAAGGAUCAUAAAAAGAGAGGGACCUGUUAUUCAUGCAAGAGGUUUAUACAUUACUCCGGAUGUAAGAAGACUCAAGGACAGAUCAGAUGAAUGAAUGAAGAGCUCAACAGAGAUAACUAACAAGGACCAAGCUUUUAACGUAACAUCGGUUGCAUUCUGAUAACAUCUAUUUAUCUGGUUCGGUGGAAAUGUUCAAGGGAGAGAACCAUUUCUACAACAAAUGAUUACACCAAGCAAACAACAUUUUAAAAAACUAAUUUCAUGGUGCACACUGAGUUAAGAAUGUACAGAAAAAAAAAGAGUCUGUACAUCAAAAAUGGCACUUUUUAAAAAGGACAAAGAAAAUGAGGAAGAAAGGGGCUGUAAAUGAGUUUUAAUGAGAGAAAGAUGUUGAAUUGUUUCCCUGAGAGACAAAAGAAGACAUUUAAGAUAAGUGCCUUGAAAACAUUCCCAACACCACAAAGACCAACCUUUUCUGAUUUUUGUGUACAUUCUGUGGGCGGUGCUAGUAUGGGAGGAAAAAAUCCAAAUUGAUGUCCUUGGAAAUUCUCAGUCAUUUCUGAAUAUGACGUUUUUUCUGUGGGUUUGUGUUUCCUAAAUCAAUUCAAAAAGAAGAAGAAAAAAAACAUUUUAGUGUAUUGUCAUUGGUUUGUUAAUGAGAGAAACUACUUUACUGGAACAAAAACUUAAGGGAUACUGAGAAUUCAGGUACAGUGUGUAAGUGCACAGAGAGAGAAACUGUCUGUAAUGUUUCUGCCUGAUUUUGUCUCUCAAAUGGUGCAAAUUUGAGUUUCUAUCCGCUGUACUCUGGAGGAUUCCUUUAGUUCAGUUCCUCCGAUUCUGAUGUGAUAGCUUUUUCAUGUUCAACAAAGAAAAGAAGUGUGUGAGUCACACAGGAGUGGAGGUGAAAAGAUCUCUCUCUGAUCCAGUUUUAAGUGCAUCCACUGACUGGUUGGCUGCCUGCUGAGUGACUGACCGUUAUUUGUAUCUGUGUUGUUGUGCUUUACUCUAAAAAAAAAAUCUGAAUGGUUCAUAAAUAUGUUUCUUUUUUCUUAAUAAGGUUUCCUUUUUUAUUCGAGGUAAAUGGGACCAUGUAGAGGCUGUGUGUGAUAAUAAAGAAAUAUUUAAGAUGCACUACAAGGAGAAAAUAUUAUUACUGUAGUGAAUGCUAUUGAAAGAUAAAAUUUACAUCAAAGCAACUAAUUAAAUAAGAAUUUGUAUACAUUAGGGCAUUAGGACUGUGUUCAAUAAUUGUAAAGAAUCUAUAAAACUCACAGAAGAAAGCAUCUUAAAAUUCAUAGCUCUCUUCCUGGUUCCAUUUAUUUUGUAUGGAUAGAAAUGUAAAAAAAAAAUGUUAAUAUUAUCUAUUGUUCUUGAUAUGUUUAUUAUCUUAAUGUUUGUAAAAAAAAUAUAGAUAGAUGAAAGAGCCCGUUUCCCCAUGAAAAGCAUAAGCUUUCUGUUUAUAUGCUUCGUCUCUCUUAUAGUCUACAGUCAUCAGCGUUGCUGUCCUGAACGUAACCCAUAACUCCAACAGUUUGCUGUGUUUUUACUGCUCUCAUAUGAGGAGCAAAAACACCACAAUAAUCUAUGGGUCUGAUUAUUCGAAACCACCUCAUGGUUUAUUUUCUAUUGGUGGUUUAUUGUUUUAUUAGACCUGCCAACAGUACAAAAAAAUUACAGCUGAAAAUAGAUAUUUACAUCUAUUGCAUAGAAGCAAAUUUUUUUUCUUCUUUCUCUGACGGAAAGUAAGACAAAAUAUUCUUGUCAGCUCGGAUUAUAAAAGUUAUUUCCCUUAAGUAAAUUUGCUCUACAGCAAUUAUAGAAGAUAUAACAUUUAAGAGCACUUUAAUUCCUUUCUUUGAAGUUUUCGAAGUAAGCACAUUUAGAAACACAAAUCAAUAAACUUGUAAAAUAUUUGACAAAGCCUAGAUGGAUUUUAUGGCUUGGAAGGCUGCUAAAAAGUUUUAUCUACAAGAUUACAUUUGAAGAAAACCUGUAGAUGGAUUUUAAAACAAAACUGCUUCGUUGUUUAAGAACAUGGGAAUUUAAAAAGAAAUCAGUAGAAAGGUGGCCUACAGACCAGACUUGGUUACACCGUUUGUUUGAAAAGGAAAAGGCCAAAACUCCA